AUUUAAAAUUAUUCUUUUUUUCUUAAUUCCCGAUUAACUGAAGGGAAAAUAGUUUUUUCUAACUAUAGAAAUGUCUAUAAUUAUGAUACCAUUGAGUUUAAAAAUGAAAUUUAAACUACAAUUGAACAUUUGCUAAUAAUGUUUGAAAAUUCACUGAUACCUAACCUAAUAGUGUUUGUUUACUAAUUAUUUUUCAAUAAUUUAAAUUUUCAUUAAAUGAAUACCGAAUGAAGACUAAUACCUUUGACUAACACCUACUACGUUGUAAAAUAAUACCUGUUUGGUGUUUAAAGUAAAGUGUACAAAAGUGUAAGGAAACCGGAAAAUAUACCACGACUCCAAAACGACAGAUAUCAAUUGGCAAAGAUCCAAAAUGAUAAAAUUCAAAUCAAGGGUUUAAACUCUGUUUUAAAUUCUCAUAAAGGCAUAGGUAAAGGAGUAAAAAAUAUGGGUAAAGUAAUAAAAUAAAUUAGAGGCAGAGAUAAUAAUACACCUACUUCAGUCCAUCUUCAGUCUACUUGUCUCUGUAUGAGGCUUUAAAUGUGUAUAUUAGGUCUUUGUAUUAGGUUUAGGGUGGGUUUAGGUUGAUCUGAAUCCUUCAGAUACCUAUGCAGAUACCUACCUGAAGGAUUGCUAUGGAAACAGACAGAAUACACACAGAAUACAUAUUGUACAUAUGUUGCAUAUGUCGUACAUGUACACUCUAUUGCCAUAAUAUUCUUUGUAAAAUAAUAAAACUUUGUUUUAUCCUUAUUUAUAGUUCUAAAAAAUGAUUCUCAGUAGAUCCAAACCAGCUUUGGCUAUAGGAAAUGAGUCAGCAAAAAGUAUAAAGAAACCUCUUAGUGAUAAGAAUGCUUCGCAAUUUGAAGAGUUUUUAUUAAAAAGAGAUUACACUGGAGCUAUCACAUUACUUGAAUUUAAAAAAUACUCAGAUCAAGAUUAUAAUGCUAGUCUUUGGAUGGCUUACUGUUAUUUUCAUCGGGGAGAUUAUAAAACUGCUUUACAAAUCUAUAAGAAAUUGCAAAAAGAAAAUUCUUCCAUUCUCAAUUUGUCAGUCAACAUUGCCUGCUGUGACUUUUACCUGGGUAUGUACGAAGAAUCCCAAGAAACUCUUGUUGAUGCCCCAACAAGUGAACUUAAAACCAGACUGAAUUUUCAUAUAUCUCAUAAGCUAAAAGAUGAAACAACUUUAAUGGAAUAUCAUCAACAAUUGCAAGAUAUUUUGGAGGAUCAGCUUAGUUUAGCAGCUAUACAUUAUUUGAGAGCCCAUUAUCAAGAGGCAAUUGAUAUUUAUAAAAGACUGUUGUUGCAAAAUAGAGAAAAUAUUGCUUUAAAUGUUUAUGUGGCUUUGUGCUAUUAUAAACUGGACUACUAUGAUGUCUCUCAAGAAGUUUUAGGCUUAUAUAUACAUAAAUAUCCUGACUCUGUUAUUGCAACUAAUUUAAAAGCAUGUAACACUUUUCGUUUAUACAAUGGCACUGCAGCUGAGAAUGAGUUAAGAUCUAUUGUAGAUCAGACAUCAAAUGUAGGUUUUGGAUAUGAUUUAGUGAAGCACAAUUUGGUUGUUUUUAGGGAUGGUGAAGAUGCAAUGCAAGUAUUUCCAGCUUUAGUGGAUAUUGUUCCAGAAGCAAGGUUGAAUCUUGUAAUUCAUCAUCUCAGAAAUGAUGACAUUAAAGAAGCUUAUGAAUUAUUGAAGGAUGUUCAACCUGCAGUGCCUCAGGAAUAUAUUUUAAAAGGAGUGGUUAAUUCAGCUUUAGGCCAAGAAAUCAACUCUCCAGAACAUGUGAAAAUUGCUGAAGAAUGUUUUCAUCUGGUAGGAAGUUCAACCAGUGAAUGUGACACCAUUCAUGGUAGACAGUGUAUGGCUGCAGCAUUCUUCUUGGCUGGUCAGUUUGAGGAAGUUUUGGUGUAUUUGACUAGUAUUAAAAGUUAUUUACAUUCAGAUGAUACAUUUAAUUUUAACUUUGCCCAGGCUAAAACAGCUUGUAAUCAAUUUAAGGAAGCAGAGGAUAUUUUUCUUUUAAUUCAAGAUCCUAAAAUCAAAAACGACUACGUUUAUAUCUCUAACCUGGCCAGAUGUUAUGUGAUGAACAAAAAAGCACAAGAAGCAUGGGAUUUAUACUUAAAGCUGGAUAAUAGUCCUGAAAGUUUUAAUUUACUGUUACAAAUAGCCAACGAUUGUUAUAGAAUGGGUGAAUUUUGGUAUGCUGCUAAAGCUUUUGAGAUGCUGGACAGAUUGGAUCCAAAUCCGGAAUUUUGGGAGGGUAAAAGGGGAGCCAUAGUGGGAGUUUUCCAGGGAGUGGUUGCAAAGAAAUUACCUGUAGAUAUGUUGAGUGACGUUUUACAGCUUUUGAGAAGCAGUACAUCUAGUCAAGCGGACCAAGUUGCUAAAGUUAUAAGAAAAUGGGCUAAAGAACAAAGAGUUAAUCUUUCUUAGAAAAUAUGGUUACUUAAAAUUUGUUAUUUUAAGUUAACUUUAAUUGUGCAAUAUGCAAAAUAGAGUAGAUUUAUAAAAAUCAAAUCUUUAAUCUAGCUUUAAACUGGAGCGGAACAAGAAUUUGACACAAUUUUACUACAGAAAGGUAAAGGUAAAUAGUAAAGUAAUCCAUCAGUAUGUCAUUUAGAUAGAUAUAUUAUAUUGAUUU